AUGCAGUCCAAAUAAAAAAAAAAGAUAAAGCUUUAUGUGUUUCCCAGAACACUGAUUUCAAUAGACACAUUGGCUAAUCACAAAUAUUAAGUAUCAAUCCGCUGGGUCGUGACCCCCCCUAUCCACACAAAAGCAUAUGUGUAGCUCUUUAACUGCGUACUGUCAAUGUAAAUAUGAAAUAUAUAUAUGUUCAGGCAAAAGGAAGAAAAUAACGGACAACGGUCAUCUCCCUGGUUUGAUCUAAAUACUAAUAUUUCAGUUGAGGGUUGUCAUAGAAACCGUUUUGCAGCCCAAAUGGCGUCCCUGCUUGGUGAGCAACUUUUUCAAAUCAGCGAUCAGGGUCCACCUCCUUCAAAAGAUUUUUACCAAGUUGUUAUAACCAAGACUGAGGUAAGGUAUUGAUGUGGGGUUUGAACCUGAUAGCCUAUAGAGCACAGUGUGGCGGAGUCAAGUGCUGAGAAAACACCAUGCAUACAAAGGUAGCUUGGUGACUACAUAGUUCUGGGUUGGAAUUGUUCUCUGCAGGGAUAACCUAACACUAAAAUAAGAACUGAAUUAGGAGGGUACAGUAAAGUAAAUUGAUGAUAAAGUAAACAUCAGGGAUUCAGCUUUGCUGAAAUUAUUGUCAUCAGCGCAUAUGUUUAUUAGUCCCUGGACUUUGCCAAAUCUAUAUUUACAGUCUGUCAUGUUUUAUCAUUUUUCCUAUUUAGGUAAUUUUAAGAACAUGGAAGAUUUCUUUGCGGCCUGGCUUCAGAGGUGCAGCACCAACAACACUGAGGACAACACAUCAGGAUUUUCUACAUCACAAACCGCUACAGAGUAAACUCCCUUUAGUUAGAUAAAUUGCAAGAAUAUUUUCAUUGCAUGCUGCAGCACAGGAACGUAUUGUGUGUUACUAAAAAACACUAAAUUGUGCACUCAAGUUUUAAAGCAACGGGUUUUUCUGACUGUGUGGUUUUCAAGUGUGAUUGCUGUGCUUUGCCCUUCUAAUUUACAGGACAAGUUGGUGCUGUUUUUGGGCAAGUGAUCCUGGAAUAUGCUGUAUCACUUUGUCAAGGAAAGUUUGAUUACCUUGAGCGCUUACCUGACGACAUACUGCUCAAAGUCUUGUCCCAUCUUGAGCUUAAAGAUACGGCACUGCUGGCACAAGUUUCACAUAGAUUCAGUAAGGUGAGCGUUCCUAAACUUUCUAGGUAAAUUUCUGUUUUGCUCUCUUUUCUGAUGUGCUUCAAUGCAUCUGCAAGUUAAAAAUAAAUCUGUACAUUUGUGGGGUCUCCACCAGCUCUGCGAUUCUGAGAAAUUCUGGGAGCAGACAGUCAGGAAUCACUGUGCUGAGUUUACCGCUGACAUGGAGGGCUUGGCAAAUACCAUGGGCUGGAAAAAGAUCUUUUUUACCUGUUUCUACAGGAGUGGCAGUAAGGACCAGUGAAGCUUUGAGCAGUUUGUUUAAAAAAUAAUUAUAAUAAAAAUGCUGCUGGAAUAUGA